GAAACCUCUGCACGCCCUCCCUAUCUGCUCUUGGUCGCCUCCCCGCAGUCGGCCGCCCAGGGUGCAUCCCGACUUGCUCAGCUCCACGCGACCCAGAUUCCUGCCCCGCCCCCGCGCCUCCCGCGCCCGCAGCCGAGUGCGGCAGCCGAGGCCGCCUCUGUCCAGCUUCGGCGCUGGGGACCAACCGCGUCGAUUAGGGCCGCGCAACGCGCAGCUAGAGCGCUGGGGAAAGGCAGAGAUGGAGACCGCACUACUGAGCGCUGGGAAGUGCUGAGCCUGUCGCUGUCAAAAGCCCAGUUUACACUUACUUUGAUAAAGGCAGAUUUUGGAGCACUUACUUGAGGACAGUUUGCCUAGCAUCUGGAUAGUCAACAGAGGCACAAUGAAGCACUUCUUGAGGAUUUCUUCAAGCAAGAAUUGACUUUCAUUAGCACAUUCAUUGAGAUUGUUCAAAAUAAGCCAUUUUUUCUCUUAUUUUUUCCAAAGAAGACAUCAGAGUCACAAAUUUAAGAUGAUGGAGUAGUUUGCACUACAGAGUUCUAUUGGAAGGGUGCUGUCUUUUCUUUUUCACAGAAUGUUGAUCCAGGUGUGCCUGUAUUUUUACUGUAAAUUUUUGUGGCGCUGCCUGAAAUUUGUAAUGAGGAAGCUAACUGGAAGAUGUGAACUGCAACGAAUCUGUUACAAUACCAAGCCUGGAGCUUCUAGAACCAUGAAGAUCGAAACAUCACUGAGGGAUUCGAAAAGUAAGCUGCUGCAGACUUCAGUGAGUGUUCACCCUGAUGCCAUUGAAAAAACUAUAGACGACAUCAUGGAACUGAAAAAAAUUAACCCCGACAUAAAUCCACAGUUGGGAAUCUCUCUUCAGGCUUGCCUUCUGCAAAUCGUGGGUUACAGAAACCUUAUCGCAGAUGUGGAAAAAUUGCGAAGGGAACCCUAUGAUUCUGAAAAUCCCCAACAUGAAGAAAUGCUUUUGAAGUUAUGGAAAUUCUUAAAGCCGAAUACUCCCCUGGAAUCUCGGAUUUCUAAGCAGUGGUGUGAAAUAGGUUUCCAAGGUGACGAUCCUAAGACAGAUUUUCGAGGAAUGGGACUUCUGGGACUGUAUAAUUUGCAGUAUUUUGCAGAAAGGGACGCCACAGCAGCUCAGCAGGUCCUCUCUGACUCUCUUCAUCCAAAAUGCAGCAAAUUCAGCAAAACAGAAUGGGAGAAGAAAAGGAUGGAUAAAGCAAUUGGGUACUCAUUUGCAAUUGUGGGCAUCAAUAUAACUGAUCUGGCAUAUAAUCUACUGGUCAGUGGAGCUCUAAAAACCCAUUUCUACAACAUCGCUCCAGAAGCUCCAACACUGUCUCACUUCCAGCAAACAUUCUGCUAUUUGAUGCAUGAAUUUCACAAGUUUUGGAUUGAAGAGGAUCCCAUGGACAUAAUGGAAUUUAAUCGUGUGAGGGAGAAAUUCCGCAAGAGGAUCAUAAAACAGCUGCAAAAUCCAGACAUGGCGCUGUGCCCACAUUUUGCUGCCUCUGAAGGUUUAAUCAACAUGUAGUCACCCGCGCUGGUUUUAAUGGAUACCCUGGAACACUGCCUCAUUGUCGUGUUAGGUCUCUGCUUAGGUCGCAGCUCACACACUGAAUGCACACAGUGAUUAUAUGCAUGCCUUUUGGUACAGUAUUUUCAUCUCUUGGUCAUAAUUCCAAGAUCCCCAAAUAUCACUAUUUCUGGACUAUCUGUCCUCCAGUGACUGCUCAUAUUAUGGCAUUAUGCAGUGUUACAUCUUGCCUUGACACCCAGGUAUGGAAAGAGUUUUCUAUUUUUUUAAAUUUUUUCUUCCCCCUCAUAACUCAACAUUGAAGACUUGUAUUUCAUUAGCUGUAUUUUGUAUGUAAGAGGUUUAACUGAAUCUUGUUCUGUGAAAGACUUUUAAUUUAUUGAUAUGUUUCAGGAUUACUGCUGCUAGCUUUUCAAGCCAGGUUCAUGCUUGGACCUCAUUCUGAUAAAAUAUAAGAUUUUAACAUAACACAGACAGACACAUGAUAAGCCAAACUCUUCCUGCAAACAUAGCUGCGCUUCACAAAAAUGUAAUGAGGCUUACAAGAAGUAACAUUAGGUAGGAGCUGUUUUUGUGUGAAGUACUGCAGAAUUAUUCUGUAACUUAACCCCAGUUGCAAUUGUGUCAUGGUCAUCUGGCUAUAAAAUGAUUUUUUAUUCUCAUAAUUUCACUGGCUUGGAUGUCUAAAUAUGUUUAUGAUGCUUGGAGCCUCAGAAGAGAAGUAAGCUUAUUUCGAAAGCUGCAAAAGAUUUUUCACUUGUCCCAGCACUGUUCUGAUCCAAACCUCUUUGCUUGGGGAACUGAGUGCUGACUGGUUUGUUUUCUAUGUCAGUGGGCAAUAUUAAAAAACAAUUUGCAAGAAAAUGUGUUGCAAGAGAGAAACCCAAGCUAUGUCGUUCUGUAAUAUUUCUUGAAAAUAAUGACCUUAUCAGUGGAAGUAAAUAGCUUGGAAAAAAGAAAAGUGAAAUCAUUCCAAAACUGCUAAAAAUCAUUUCAAAAAAUGUGAUUUAGUUUGGAAUUAUGAUUGUAGUCUGUUGAAUAGUAUUUACCAUGGCAUUUCAUACCCAUGGUAUUUUAUACUUUCGGACUAUCAAUUUUAGUAUUAUUAGAUGUUUGUGUAAUCACUUGCUUAUUUAAAUGAAUUUUGAGUACUGCCUAACUGUCAGAUAUAUGAAUAAAUUACAUGUCAUUCUA